AUGGGGAGUUUCCCUGCUUUGAUAAUCAUCCUUGCUUCUUGUCUUCUCUUUGUCCUCGAAGUUGUUAAUGGCGCCAAGUGUUACGGAGGCUCUAACAGCAACAGCAGCUACGCUCAGAAUCGCGACAAUCUCUUCUCUACUCUUGCUAAUAAAGUCGUCACUAACGGCGGAUUCUACAACGCUUCAUUCGGCCAAUAUCCCAACAAGGUCUACGCUCUGGGCCUCUGCGCAAGAGGCUAUGAUCCAAACGCUUGUUCCAAUUGUAUCGAAAAAUUAGCCCUGGAAACACAAACGAACUGUGGAAGCAUCAUGGAUUCGUUCAUUUGGGGCAAUGACUAUGGAGAAACUGUUUCGUGUCUU